AUGCGAGAUAAUUUAUCAGAAUUUCCACAUUUGGAUAAAGAAUUACUUAAUGCAGCAAUUAAAGAAGGAAUUAAAAAAUCACGAAAUAGCAGACCUUAUUCAACUCGAGUUAGUCAACCAUGUAUCGUUAAAUUGGAUACACCAAUCCAUGCACUUAAUGGCCGAACUGAUAGUUCACUAUCAAAUUUAUAUGAUAUUUUAGGUAUUUAUCAGCAUCAUGAAUUAUCACAUCCAUUUUCAUCAUCAAGCGCUGUUGGAAAUAAUUCAGGUCCACAAUAUCAAACACAUGAAGGUGAUUUAGGAAAUCGAGGUCAUCUAUUAAAACAAUGGAAAGAACGAUGGUUUGUUCUUGAUUUUGUUCCACAUGAACAUCGAUAUUAUGAUAAUAGUGAUGAUCAAACAGUAAAAGGUGUUAUUCUUUUAGCUGAUACUGUUGAAAUUCUUCCUUAUGAUGGUUCAUUUCUAAAUCCAUUAAGACGAUUUGAUAGUCGAGUUGGUUUUGAAUUGCCUACAAAUCGUCGUAUAUAUAAUUUUAUUGCUGCAACUGCAACUGUGAAAGAUGCUCAAAGUUGGAUAGAAAAAAUCAAAUCUUGUCUUCUUAAUUCAUAG